CCGUGUCACAUCCUCCCCGCCGCCGCCGCUUGCCCGCCCGGCUCACCCCGCUCAGCUCGGGGCCGCCGCGGCGGCAUGGGAUAGAGCCGGGCAGCGCCGCGCGUCUCGCAGUGACCUCCCCACGGUUUAAAGCGCUUCCCCCGCCUGUGUGUGUGUGUGUUUGUGUGUGUCCCCACCGCGCCCCCCCCUCUCCGCAGACCCCCCCGCUCCCCUCGCCGGUCCUCGCCGCGGAGCCCCCGGAGCGGGCAGGAGGGGUUUUGAAUGAUCUUCAUGAGACUUGACCUCUUCAAUCAGACAGGCUUUGACCAUCCUUGCUCAAAGACAACGCUGCACUUAGACUAUGCCUGUAGCCCACGUCAGGUAGCGCCUGGUGCCGAGCGCUCCCCCCCUGCCCCCAAGUCUUCACGCGCUCGAACAUCUCCGUUUGGCCUCAUUUUUGUGCUUCGGUGGUAUCUGCACAGCCCCAAUUAGCGAGGAUUCCACGGACGGGGGCCGCUGCCUCCCUGGGCUCCCAGAUAUAUGUUGGGGAAAGGAGGAAAGCGGAAGUUUGACGAGCAUGAAGAUGGGUUGGAAGGCAAAGUGGUGUCUCCCACUGACGGUCCCUCUAAGGUGUCUUACACCUUACAGCGUCAGACUAUCUUCAACAUUUCCCUUAUGAAACUUUAUAACCACAGGCCAUUAACCGAGCCAAGCUUGCAAAAGACAGUUUUAAUUAACAACAUGUUGAGGCGAAUCCAGGAAGAACUCAAACAAGAAGGCAGCUUGAGGCCCAUGUUUGUGACCGCUUCCCAGCCUGCCGACCCUCUCAGCGACAACUUCCGCGAGGCCCAGCCGGCGUUCAGCCACCUCGCCUCCCAGCCCCUGCUCCCCACUGACUUCGUAAGCACUAUGCCCCUGGAAUCCUGCCUCACCCCAGCCUCUUUGCUCGAGGACGACACUUUUUGCACUUCCCCGACUGUCCAGCACGAUGGUCCGACGAAACCACCACCUCCCGCUCUCCAACCAGUAAAGGACAGCUUCUCCUCAGCCUUGGACGAAAUCGAGGAGCUUUGUCCAGCACCUACCUCCGCAGAGGCAGUAGCAGCCGAAACAGCAGCCGAUGACUCUAAAGCCCAUCCCAGCGAGUCCAACAUCCACAAGCCCGAGGGCCUCCCGGAGAGCAGAACGGCUGAAUCCAAACUCAUGGACUCUCUACCCGGCAACUUUGAGAUCACAGCUUCCACAGGUUUCCUCACAGACUUGACCCUGGAUGACAUUCUGUUCGCUGACAUUGAUACGUCCAUGUAUGAUUUUGACCCCUGCACGUCUGCCACGGGGGCUGCCUCAAAAAUGGCUCCUGUCUCAGCAGAUGAGCUCCUAAAAACUCUCGCUCCGUACAGCAGUCAGCCAGUAACUCCAAAUCAGCCUUUCAAAAUGGAUCUCACAGAACUGGAUCACAUCAUGGAGGUGCUUGUUGGGUCUUAAAAUAUUAGAAAUAUAGCAACUUCUUGGGUUUUUUUUUGUUUUUGUUUUUGUUUUUUUAUUUUAAGUACCAGUAUAUACACUUGGUAGUAUUUCCAUAGUUCCUCCCAGCCCCAAUUCACAGCACUGUGCAUGCAUCCUUGCUUGCCUUUUUUGAAAAGAAAAGGAUCACACUAGUUUUUGCUUCGAGCAGAGUUGGAGUGCCUUCAUCCAUGUAUGACCACUUCUAAUGUAUUUUUUUUAAAGUGGUUCCUCAAGGAAGACCGAAUAUCCUGGUAUAGGAAAGAAUAUGUAUUGUAGACAAUGUUAUGUUAUUACAAAAAAAAAAAAAAGGAAAAAAAAAGGUGAAAGCUAAGCACAAGGAUUAUGUUGGGGAAAGCUGUAAAUUGCAUGUGCAUACUUGUCUAUUUUUUCUAUAAGUUUUAUUGCAAGAGGUAAAAAAUUUUAUUAUUUAGAUAAUCUCAAUACCAUUUUAGCCCUGUAUAGGUUGACUUUAGCAAUUCAGCCUUUUGGAGGCAUUAACCUGCUCCUCUUUAAGUGUUGCAUUUACAUGGCUGUUUAGAAACUGCUGCCCAAAUUUAUUUUAUAUUUUUGUACAGAUUCUGCAGUUUAUGAUAUUGUUUUUUCUAAAAACAAAUGCUGUUUAUACACACAAAAAAUAGCUAUUUUGAUAGGAUUUGCUCACAUAGUUCCUGCAUAAUUCAGAUGUACAAGAACCACUUGUACUUUUAUACAGAGUUGUAAUGUUUUAUAUGUGUAUGGUGCAAAGAGAAAAUUGGAUCAAAUAAGCCUGCAGUCGGUUUCCCUGAAUGCAAACAAAAAAAAAAGUGCUUUAAGAAAGGGCUGGGAGCUGCUUCUCUCGGAGUUUCACAAGUGUUUGCUCCCUGCUGUACCCACUGCGCGCUACUGUGAUUCCUGAAACUUAGAGCCAUGUCCUUUUCCAACACGUAUGUGAAGCAGUUGGCAGGAAACAGUUGUGGAACUUCCCCCAAAGAGGUCCCUGAGCGCUGCUGUGGCCGCAGCUCCCGCCCCGGCACCGGGCUGUCCCCAGGCCCGCCCGCGUCCCUGUGCCAGGGCAUCCAUCCCACCGGACACGGAGCCUCAACACGGCGGCACAUCAGCACUCCCUCACCUGAAGCUCCUGGGAACGGUUUUGGCAGGGAGCAACGUGCCCAUCGCCCACCGAGAGCCAACCUCUCCCGGAAAUCCUCCUGACUGACGGGCACGGGCGGGAGAGUGGGGCUGAGCGUGCCCGCCCGCCCUUUCUUGGAGCAUUUCUCCUCCCCUCUCCCACCUCACUGUGCUAAGUGCUGAAAAAAGGCAACUUCAGUAUUACUGCAGUGAAGCUCAUCUCGUACCUGCACUGGAUGGACUUGCUUUAAUAUCCAUUGCUGUUGAAACUGGAGCCAGUCGUGUGACAUCACUUGGCAUCUCGUAUAGAGUUGGGUUCUUGUAUCAACUGUGUUACCUGCUUUACACUUUAUAGACCCGUUUUACAACGAAUAUACAGACACAGCUUUCUAUGCAUGGUCCCCUUCCCCGUAACACCUGAGAAGUCUUCUCCUUACUGCACCAAUAGCUUCGGUUUUUUGUUUUUUUUUUUUUUAAGUUCAUUGUGGUGUACAUUUAAUUUAAAAAGAAAAAAAAUGUUUGCAAUGUAUCAUGCCUAUUGCUGAAGUUGCUAUGGCAUUUUAGUUUUCCAAUGGUACUUUAGUUGUUGAGUGCCGGUUACAACCUGUAUUGUUGACAUGCCUAUGGCUUCUUUAGGAAUAACUUUUAUAUUUAUUUAAGAAAUUUUAAAUUAUGUUUUACGUCAUUUGGCAAUAUUCAGUCAGUUCUGCUCCCUUCUUGUCAUGGAAGAAAUUGGGUCUUGCCUGCCUUUUAAGGAGGCGGCUUUUUAUUAUAAAUUGGCACUUUAAAACAGGCCAUAUAUAUUUAUUAGUAUAUAGAUAGAUGUAACGUAGAUAUGCACACAGACACAGGAUAAAAGCAAAUACGUUUUUGCAAUGAAGGAACUCCUAAUGGAAAUGAAAUGCAUUGUGUAGAGCUGCAAAACGUGCUUCUGGCUCCCAGGGUGAGACGUGGGGCUGGGGGAGGAGAGGGGGGGCACUGGCUGAGGGGGUGGGUUUGCUUUCUUCUUUUUUCCCAAGCUGAACUGGGUGAUGCACUGGGAUGCUGAUGGAUUUGCAGUAUUUCCUUACGCAGCCUAAAAAGAAAAUAAGUUAUUGCUUCAAACAGAAAACCAUUGACCAAGUGUAGCUUGAGGGACCACGGGAAGGGAGGGGUGGGGAAGGAGGAGGGACAGUUUUGGCUCACACCUGGCCCUUGCUCAGCCACAGUCCUCGGCCCUUGUGGGAGAACCAACAGCCCUGCCUGAUUCUGCCCUUCUGGUACCUGGGAACGCCUUAGACAGGGGUGUUAUCUGCACAGACCUGUAACACCACCAGUUUCACGUGGUAGCUUGGUAGGCGCUUGCCUUGCCGUGGUUAAAAACUGGUUUGCAGUAUGCUGGAGCUGCCAUUUUUGGGGGGGGGUUACAUAUUUACACAGUAACAUAAUUAAACAAAUACCACAAAGGCAAAAGCUCCCAUCAAUGCCAUUUUUGGAGACCUGUGUUAAGUGGGGUUAGUUGAAGGUUUUGUAUCCACAAAGCUCUGAAUCCACUUCACCACUUGGACGAUGUCUGUGGCUCCUUGGUGCUGAAGCACAUGUCCUGUGGCAGAAUCCUUACAGGAAUCCUGUAGGACAGAAACAUACUUGAGACUUAUGAGACUCAGCAAAAGGUUGGGAAGGCUGGUGCAGGCCAGGACAGGAAGGGCUUGGUUGUGACUUUCUCCCUGCACAGUCACUGGCUGUCUCUAGUUUGGCCUUUGCCGUGGUCCUGCCUUUCCAGCAGCCAUGCAUGGAAUUUCUCUGAGACCUACACCAGGGAUGGAGAUAGACAUUAACGUGCAAUGAAGUGACAAGAUGGGAGCAGAAUAAAAGAACUUUGGAUUUGAAGUGAUUUUUUUCAUAAAUUAUUUAUUCUUUUUUUUUCUUCUGUAAAUAUAUUUAUUUUAUUGUGAAGCUAACAACAUCUGGAUUGUAACAUGUACAGAAUGUAUGGUAGGAAUGUAUCCUCUUG